AUGGCAAACCAACCUCAAAAAAUCGUCUACAAGCUGGUUCUCACCGGAGGGCCUUGUGGUGGUAAAACUACGGGACAAUCACGCCUGAGCACUUUCUUUGAGAACUUAGGAUGGAAGGUGUUCCGGGUGCCGGAAACGGCUACCGUGCUCCUCAGUGGUGGUGUAAAGUUUGCAGAUCUCACACCUGAUGAAGCUACUAAAUUCCAAGAGAACCUUCUUAAAACUAUGAUACAGAUAGAGAAUACGUUCUUCGAGCUGGGCCGUUCCUGUCAAAGGAACUGCCUCAUCAUCUGUGACCGUGGCGCUAUGGACGCUAGUGCAUUUAUAUCAAAGGAAAAGUGGCAGGCUAUGUUGACUAGUAACAAUUGGCACAGCGUGGAGUUGCGCGACAACAGAUAUAACCACAUAGUUCACAUGGUCUCUGCGGCAAAUGGAGCUGAAGAUUUCUACUCAACUGAGGACCACGCGUGCCGCUCCGAGGGCGUCGAACUGGCACGAGAAUUGGACUACAACGCGGCGGCAGCAUGGAUAGGCCACCCUUACUUCGACGUGAUAGACAACUCGACAGACUUCGACAAAAAGAUGAACAGACUCAUCGCGUGCGUAUGCCAGAAGAUAGGCAUCGAUACAGGGGACAGGCUCAACGUCAAUUCCAAGAAGCGCAAGUUCCUCGUCAAAUCGCCGCUCGUGCCCGACUCAGAGUUCCCGCCGUUCCAAGACUUCGACGUUGUCCACAACUAUUUGCAGAGCGACGUGCGCAAGGCCCAAGUCAGACUUCGCAAGCGCGGCCAGAAAGGCCACUGGUCAUACAUUCAUACUUUAAGGAAAUUCCAUCCAAAUGGACAAUCUGUCGAGGUGCGAACACAGUUAACUCACAGGGAUUACAUGAAUAUGUUGCCACAGCGGGACGACGCUCACUAUGCCAUUUUCAAAAAGAGACGCUGUUUUAUAUAUAACAAUCAAUACUAUCAGUUGGACAUUUAUAAGCAACCCGCGCAUCCAAGGUGUCGGGGUCUCGUCCUUCUCGAGACAUAUAGCGCAGCAUAUGACCAAGAUACGCUGCUGGCGUCUUUACCAAAGUUCCUAACCAUAGAGAAGGAAGUCACCGGAGACCCAGCCUACUCUAUGUACAAUUUGUCUUUGAAAGAAGAUUGGAAGACAUCAAAAAAGUAUUAUAAAGGAAACGAGACUAACGGACAUACUAAAUGGUCGAUGAACGGCCACAGUGAUUCCAAAGUCAAUGGCUACAGUAAUAAAACAAACGGUCAUAAAAUUGAUUUGAAUAAUGAUGAGGAUGGAAAGCUGAACGGCUGCAAUGGGGCAGCCAGCAAUGGUGUAGUAAAGAUGAAUGGACACCAUGGUAUGAACGGCCAAAAGGAUAAAGUUCCUAAUGGCACUGCUAAUGGCGGUGGACGCGACACCGUCAUGGGAACCUUACAGAAUACCCACAAAAUGGAUCUCUGCCCACCAAAGAUUCCCAAGGUUGCACUUAAAACUUAA